AUGGUAAUCUCCACAAAAUUACGAGCGGGCGUGGUUUUGGCAGCGGCGUUGUUGGUUAUGGCCGCACGUCCCUCGAUCUCUUCGACCGAUGCAUCAGUUUACAUCGAGAAUAGUUUGCCGACCAGCGAGGUGACGGCUCGGUGUCAAUCAAGAGACGACGACAUCGGAAGACACGACAUCGCCGUCGGCGACAGCAUUUCUUGGGGUUUCGGUGACAACGGUUGGUCGGAAACGCUGUUUUGGUGCGAUCUGAACGCCACGGAUUACGGGGUUCUUUCUUUCGACGCUUAUAAAGGUCAUGAGGCCGGAGUUCUCUACUAUCAUUACGUUUGGUUCGUCGAGGAAGAUGGAGUUCAUGUGCGGAACCAGUACGGUAUAGUAGAACCAUUGCCUACCAAGUCGUGGGGAAACUGA